AUGCAAUACUCGACUCCACCCAACCCUCAAAAUGCGGGCAUAUUACUGCAACCCCUCCGCCCCAGGCGACCAUCGUGCCCUACACGACUCCGGCCGCCCCGUCUCACCCACCCAACUCGAGUCCAUCGGAGCGGCGUACUGGCAGAUCCCAGUUACCGACGACGGAAGCUGGGAGGAGAAGUGGCAAGGGAGAGGGGAUACAAGAACCGCAAUGCUAUCAAUGUUAGCAGGGAGGGAUUAGGCGAGGCGUAUGAGGCGAAGUUGAAGACUUUCUUCGAGGAGCAUAUGCACGAAGACGAAGAGAUCCGGUACAUCCUCUCCGGCUCGGGCUUCUUCGACCUGCGCGAGCACAGUGGGCUGGACGAGGAGUGGAUCCGCGUGCAUGUUACGCCUGGAGACUUACUCGUUGUGCCGGCGGGGAUAUAUCAUCGGUUUACGCUGGACGAGGGGGACAGGAUUAAGGCUAUGCGGUUGUUCAAGGAGGAGCCGAAGUGGACGCCGCAUAACAGAAGCCAGGAGACGGACCAGAACCCGUUUAGGGUUGGAUACCUCGAGUCGCUCAAGGGCGGUGCUAUAUCCGUCGCUUGA